AUGGUUUCUUUCAGUAACUAUAACCAUCAGCACGCUGCUCAAAUUUCGGUAGAGCCCAUUCAUGCUGAAGGAUGUCAAGACCGUCUUUCUCAGCACCCAAGCUCUGACAAGGGAGUUCUUGACGAUGGUGGAGAGGUGGAUUUAGAUUUGGGUAACUAUGAACGAUUCCUGGAUGUUACUCUCACGAGAGAUAACAACAUCACCACUGGAAAGAUAUAUCAGUCUGUCCUUGAGAAGGAACGGAGAGGUAAUUAUCUUGGAAAGACAGUUCAGGUGGUUCCUCACAUCACAGACGCCAUUAAGAAUUGGAUUGAGUCCGUUGCUGCUAUUCCUGUGGACGGUAAAGAGGGCCCAGCAGAUGUUUGUGUGAUUGAGUUGGGAGGAACUGUUGGGGACAUUGAAUCAAUGCCAUUCAUUGAGGCUUUGCGACAACUAUCAUUUUCAGUUGGUCAAGAUAACUUUUGUCUCAUUCAUGUGAGCCUGAUACCUGUGCUGGGUGUUGUUGGCGAGCAAAAAACUAAGCCUACACAGCACAGUGUUCGGGAAUUGAGAGCAUUAGGGUUGACACCUCAUCUGUUGGCAUGUCGCUCUGCCCAGCCUCUGUUGGCAAAUACAAAGGAGAAACUUUCUCAAUUCUGCCAUGUCCCGAUUGCUAAUAUUCUCAACAUUCAUGACGUUCCAAACAUUUGGCACAUUCCUCUCUUACUUCGGAGCCAAAAUGCUCAUCAUUCAAUUCUACAACAGCUAAAUUUGCUGAGCAUUGCUGCACCUUCAGAUUUACAAGCUUGGACAAAGAUGGCCGAGACUUAUGAUAAUAUCACGAAUUCUGUGAGGAUUGCUAUGGUUGGGAAGUAUGUUGGCCUUACUGACUCGUAUCUGUCCGUUGUGAAGGCCCUUUUGCAUGCCUGCAUCGCAUGUUCCCUGAAGCCAUCAAUCGACUGGAUUGCAGCUUCUGAUCUUGAAGAUGAUAGUGCGAACUUGACACCAGAAGCUCAUGCGGCUGCAUGGGAGACUUUGAGGAAUGCAGAAUGUGUCUUAGUUCCUGGUGGAUUUGGAGAUCGUGGUGUGAAAGGAAUGAUAUUGGCUGCAAAGUAUGCUAGAGAGAAUAAUGUACCCUAUCUUGGGAUUUGCUUGGGCAUGCAGAUUUCUGUAAUUGAGUUUGCUAGAUCCGUUCUGGGUUUAGAAAGGGCAAACAGUUCAGAGUUUGAUACCGAGAGUCCGGAUAAUGUUGUAAUUUUCAUGCCUGAGGGUUCAAGAACACAUAUGGGAAGCACAAUGAGACUAGGUUCUCGAAAAACAAUAUUCCAGACCCAUGAUUGCCUUUCUUCGAAAUUGUAUUGUAAUCCCAAGUAUGUGGAUGAACGGCAUCGCCACAGAUAUGAGGUGAACCCUGAGGUAAUUGGGGCUCUUGAAGAAGCUGGGCUAAAAUUUGUAGGGAAGGAUGAAACUGGAAAACGAAUGGAGAUUUUGGAGCUUCCAGGUCAUCCAUAUUAUGUAGGAUCUCAGUUCCAUCCAGAGUUCAAAUCGCGACCCGGGAGGCCCUCUCCUAUGUUUUUAGGUUUAAUAUUGGCGGCAACAAAGCAGUUGGAAGCAUAUCUUAAUACACAUCAGAAUGGAAGUUAAUCUAGAAGUUUUUACCAUCUAGAUGUUCUACAUCAUUCUUACAAUUACUAGAUAGGUUAGUUCUGAAGGGACAAACUGAGGAAUUCUUAGAUACAAAGUAGCACACCUGCAUAUAUGUGUGAUGCACUUUCUGGCUUCUUUUAAACAGAAUUAAAAGUUUGGUUUAAUUUAGUUAGCAGUGGUCAGGUUCAGUUUAUAUUAUGUAUGUGAAAGGGGUUUGUCUCAGACAUCGUUCAGUUUUAACUCUAAUAUUAUGCUUAAGCAUUUGGUUUCAAACAUCUUAAGACUUUCAACUCUGAUAAUAUGAUUAAGCAUCUAUGGAAGU